UAUAAGAGAAACUAUGUGCGAGAGAAACUGUGAGUGAGAGAAGACCAACUCAGACCAAAACAUUUUGGACAGCUUUCGCCGUUUUGACCGUGUAGGGUAUUUUGUGGAAAGAAAAAAUUUACGGUCUAGGUGAUUACCAGCCGUUGUUCGGGAAAGGAGCCCGCACUCCUCCCCGCACUCUCUCGGGGAGGAGACCUCGAGGAGACCUGAAACGAGAGAGCGGCGGAUUUCAUCGCUCAUCAAACGAACCCAGCAGAGAAUUGCAAAGAGGAGUAUCGGGUUUUCUCCAUGUCUCACCCAGAAAAGGGGGUGGGGAAUCCACCUUGAAAACAAGACGCUUCUCAGUUGCACAAUUGAAAUCAAGAAUUUUAUGGGUCGUUGCAAAACGUGUCUUACGCAAUCCCGGUGUUUGUGUGACAUCAUGCUCACAUGCAUGUCACACAUUCGUAUCCGUGAUGACGGUCUGGUUGCGGAUAUUACGUCAUAACGUUGAAAAGUUUCAAUGGCGCUCAUGGCAGAAAGUGACGGUUCUCCCGCAGAAACCACUGAACAGCGCGAACCAUUAUGGAGAAGGGCAAAAGCUGUGGUGUUAAAGAAUUUUUUACCCAUUUCCUUGAUAUUCUUUCUAAUUUUUGGAAUUUUAGUUCCCCAACCAGGAGUUUUCUUUAGCGAAUUGCCAACACAGUAUGUCUGUGUUGUGGGAAUCUUCUUUCAUAGCGGUCUUAAACUGAAAACCGGCGAGUUGAAGGAAGCGUUCAAAUCUAUCAAAGCCCUCAUCUGGGGAAUCGUUUGUAUUUUGUUGAUUACGCCGAUAAUCGGCGGACAACUAACCGGUUUGUUACCUUACUCCGUGACAAAGCAUCUUGGUGGCAAUUCGACGAACAGCACUUCUUCGCCGGAUGGAAAUAACUUUGAGGGUAGCUCGAUUCUUGGACCGGCGUUAUUUCAAACAGGAAUGCAGGUUUACUUCAUUGUACCGUGCACGAUUGCUGGUGGAGUUAUAUUGACAGCCCAAGCAGGAGGUGCAGUAGCUUUGUCUGUAAUGCUUACAGUGGUUUGUAAUUUGGCUGCCGUGUUUACUGUUCCGCCACUUGUGUCUUGGAUAAUAGCUUUUGAGAAUGUAAAGUUAGAUCCUGUGAAACUGUUGAUUAAGCUGGUAUUAACUGUGCUGCUACCUUUACUGGUUGGCAAAGGGCUAAGGUAUGUGCCUCAUGUGAAGCCUUGCAUCAAGAAAUUCUCCAACACACUUAAGGUGAUAAGCAUCAUACUGUUAACAAUGAUUCCAUGGUUGAAGGUCAGUCAAGCAAGUAAGCAAAAAGCCUUUGGCGCAAUCUCUGUUGGAAGCAUUUUUGCUGUGCUUGGAUGGGGUUUAGCAAUGCAUCUGCUCUUUAUCAUUGUCAUAUAUCCUCCAUGCCUCAUUCUCAAACCGGAUAGACCUGCGUUGAAGUCAGUCAUGAUAAUGGCCAGUCAGAAAUCCUUAGCAGUUGCAUUGACGAUUGCCGGGUACCUUCCAUUUACCCACGCUGAACAAGGCAUCAUUAGUCUUCCACUGAUCAUCAUUCACCUUGGGAUUCUCGUGUCAGACUCUGUGUGGGCGUCAUGGUGGUUUGCAUAUGAUGCUAAGAAAGAGAAAGUUGCAGCAGCUGACAGUGCUUCAGAUGGUCAACCUUGUACAAAUGAACUUGAAAUUGUAGCGUAUGAUGCUAAUCAAAGUUUACACAUUCCAGUAUGUGCAUUCCAGUAUGUUUCGACGUUGUGAGUCUUCCACUCAGAGCUUGACUGCUUGAAAGAUGACAACUGGGGUACUUACCAUUUACAUGGGAAAACCGGAAAUUCCAGUUGGAAAAUCAAAUGGUUCGC